AGAGAGCACCAACUAUAAAAGCUUCGCUCCACCUCAGACGACAAUCAUUUUCGUUUCGCUGUUCUUUGGUUCCACUCCACAACAAACUUUUCGAGCAAUGUCUAAGAAUUCAUGCUGUCGCGGACCCGGUUACGCAACGCCGUUGGAUGCCAUGAAGAGCGGGCCUCGGGAGAAGCUCCUCUACACGGUGACGGUGCAGCCCAACUUGGAUGAACCCCACGGCGACUAUCUGUCAACAGUCGAUGUGGACCCCGAGAGCCCCACCUACUGUCAGAUAAUUCAUCGCACGUUUACGAAUCGGAAGGGGGACGAGCUCCAUCACUCUGGUUGGAAUGCUUGCUCCAGUUGCUACUAUGUGGAUGAGAACGCAAAAAGCAUUCCAAAGCGGGACAGACUGGUGCUGCCGGCGCUAAACUCGGACUUUAUCUAUAUACUCGAUGUGGUCAAGGAUCCGCGCAAGCCUGAAAUCAUAAAGGUCAUCGAUGGGGAUGUACUCAAGAACCACAAUGUGACGGGACCACAUACGACGCACUGCCUGGCCAAUGGCAAUAUAAUGAUAUCUGUGAUGGGCGACGCACAGGGCAAUGCCAAGGGUGAUUUUAUCCUCUUCGAUUCCGACUUUAAUUGCAUUGGCACCUGGACUAAGGGGGAGAAGAAGGCAUUGUGUGGCUAUGAUUUCUGGUAUCAGCCGCACUUUGAUGUUAUGGUUGCCUCCGAGUGGGGAGCACCCAACAAGUUUCGACGUGGCUGGCAGAGCGCUGAUCUUGAUGACAUGACCCAGUACGGCUGCCGGCUCAACUUUUACAAAUGGUCCACCCAAACAUUGUACCAAACCAUUGAUUUGGGUACGGAUGGCAUAACGCCACUGGAGAUUCGCUUCCUGCAUGACCCAAAACGUGCCGAAGGUUUCGUUGGCUGUGCUUUGAACGCCAAGGUGUUCUACUUCAAGAAGAAGCCAGACUCUGAUGAGUUUGAGGCCAAAAAAGUGAUAGACAUUCCGGGCAAGCUGGUGGACACGGGCAGUGGCACUGCGGAGGAUAUGGGUGGCAUGAUUUCAGAUAUUAUCAUAUCCCUGGAUGACAAAUUUCUCUACGUAAACUGCUGGAGGCACGGCGAUGUGCGGCAGUACGACAUUAGUGAUCCUGAAAAACCAAAGCUGACGGGACAGCUAUUCCUGGGUGGAGCCAUAUGCAGCGAUCUACCCAACGUUGUUGUCAAGGAGGAUAAGGAAUUGAAGGAGCGACCGCCAGCACGUUAUGUCAAAGGCCGCCGCUUGGAAGGUGGCCCACAAAUGAUGCAACUCUCACUGGACGGCAAGCGUUUGUAUGUCUCAACGUCACUCUAUUCGCCGUGGGACAAGCAGUUCUAUCCACAAAUGGUGUCCAAGGGCGGUCAUAUUUGCCUGAUUGAUGUGGACACUGUGAAUGGCGGCAUCUCGUUGAAUGAGAACUUUUUCGUGGAUUUUGCAAACGAACCUUAUGGCCCUGGUCUGCCACAUGAAAUGCGUUAUCCUGGCGGUGACUGUACUUCGGAUAUUUGGCUGGCCAAUGAUGCGUAAAGAGUUUAACUUUCUUCUUGAUUAAUUAUUUUAUUGAAAUUAAUGAAUGCUUUUGGAGAUAUCUCUGCGUGUAGACAUCGCCGGUGU